AUGGAGAAUCCAUUGUAUGGUCAUUCGGUUUUAUUUGCGGAAGGUCAAUUCGCAGAUGAGGUCAAAGACAUUCUGAGUGACAGAAUAAUCGAAUUAGGUGGUCAGGUCACUUUCCAGCGAGAAGGCUCCACGAUCCUACUUGCCAACCCCGCUCAUCCCUCCUACAAACAAGAGAUCGACCAUAUCUCCUUUCUCCAAAAAACCUAUCCUGAAAUCCUUCAACCAGAUAUCAAACCCUAUCAUUGGAUUGCCAACAUAUAUUAUUUGGAAAAAAUCCUGCCUGUAGAAGAUUUACCAAUCGUAUCGCCUAUUUUCGUUCAUCCGUCAAAGAUAGAAGAUCAUCGACCUAUCAAAGCAUGGGUCUCAGUCAAUGUGACGAGAGAACAAGACGAAACUCCCGUGCAAGCUCGCGAUAACCUUACAGUCAAGCUUGAAUGCGCAGGUGCGGUCAGCGUUACCAGGAGGGCAUCAGCGGAUCUGCUAAUAGUGGAUGAAUCGAGUGAUUUCGCUAAGAAAGUCAAAGCAGAGAAAGAGAAGAAUAAUAGAACAUGGCAGAGAAUCGUAGAAAGAGAUUGGGUGGAUGAUUGUUUGAAGAAGAAGAGACUUGACUGGAGGAUAACGAAUAGCAAUACAGGAGGAGAUAGUGAUAAUGAGAGUUUUGUAGAGGAUGAUACGGCAUUGAAAAAGGGAAAAGAUGGAGGUAAAGGUCCUGGAAGACCGGCCGGAGGUCAAAGAGUAGACUAUACCCCGCAAGAUGACGAUUUCCUAUGUCGGUACUUGGCAGCUCAUUAUCCGUCGGGUGCAUGGAGCAGUCGAAAGACAUAUGAGAGUUUGGUAUCAUCAGUCAACUACUCUCUGGCAGAUCGUCAUACGCCUCAAUCAUGGCACGAGAGAUACAGAAAGAAUUCCAUCCAGUUUGAAAAGCGGGUCAGAGGAUACAUCAGAGAUGAGAUUGAUAUAACACUGAAGACUAGGUUGGAAAGGGAAAGAGCCAAACCGAAAUCGGCGAAAACUGCUGAGAGUCAGAUCGCGGUUAAUGAUGACCAUACGACAUCUCGAGUCAUUGAAGCUGGACCAUCCCGUACUAAUGGACAGGUACCAAUCGCAUCUCCAUCACGAGCUCGGCAGGGAAAGAAGAAACUUGUACAAUCAGAUGAUGAAGAUUCGGUCCCGCCUGCUCAAGCAUCUAGCAAGGGAAAGGAAGCCCAGUCUACGGGGAGUGCAAUCUCAGAUGAUAAUCACGUGACACCUGAAGCAGGACGAUCUGUUGCUGCAUCAUCCACUGCGACAACUGCAAUACCAGCAUCGGAGAACGGACCGCCUGAGACCGGCAAUGGAGAACUCGGGCCGUCACACAUGCCUACCGCCGAUCCGCCUGAGCAGGUUGCCAUCGCUGAGAAUGAAAAUCAAAGCCUAUUGAGAGACCUGAUGCCUAGUGGAAGCCAAUUACCGUCGACGACCCCUGCUGGGCGAGGUGAAGAUGGAAGCUCGAGGGCAGGAGAGGUCGAAGAGAAUCUUGAUGACAAGAAGAUAUCCGAGGAUGACAGGACAGAGAAAAACGCCUCGACCGUCUCUCGCAACGAAUCAAUCACCGAGACAAAUGAGGAUGAAGAGAGUCAAACAGGAGAAGCUACGCAAGCUAUAUUAGCUGAUUUCGCCAAAGCGCAACAAGCCGCAACACAACAAAGGGCAAACAAACCUGAAAGAGACCAAAUUGCUCUUACGCCUACGAAAACUUUCAGAGUUGACGGAAAAGAGACAACAAUUCUACUGCCUAAAAUUGAUGUCGCAUCAUCUGUACCCAAGCCAUCAAAUGGCAAUCUCACCCCUGAGCGACAACCCCCAAUGGCCCAGAAUACCCAAUCUUCACCUAUCAAUAUCGUUCUCAGUCCACCUAAACGAUCUCUCCAAGCCGCUUCAUCUGCUCCUUUGGAAAUUGGCGGCAUCUCACCGAGUAAUACCACCGCAAAGUCGAUUUCUCUUCAGCUAGAAGGGGACAUUCGAGCUGUAGCAGUCGAACAAGGGACAUCUCGACCUACUACCACUGCCAAAGCAAUCGAAGCUGGACCUUCCGCCGCUCAACUCACCACCUCCCAACGUAUCGAUCAACCGCCAGAAACACCUACAUCGACAUCGACAAGCAGGAGUAAACGAAAGUCUCUUUUGCAUGAUCAUCUGAUUGCGUCCGCUUCGAAACGCUCUCGACGGCGUGAGACAUCAGAUCGACAUUCUCGUGGACAUAGACAGAUUGUUAUCGAUGACGAAGAUGAAACUGAACCCGAUAUGGUAUUUAGAGAAACGUCUAUCCCACCACGACCAGAUAGAAUCACCCCAUCAAUCCCGUCUUCACCUGUUCCUGAUUCACAGCGACCUGCGAUGAGAGAACCUAGUCCGCCUCUGAGUAAUGCGGAAAAACACGAGAAAGCUUUGAGCGGCAAAGCAUUGAUGGAAAGGAGUAUACAAGCUUAUAAAGAUAGGAUAGUAAGUCUGGCGAAGAGGUAUGGAAUGACGACCAGAGAGAUCAUAGCAUUUAUCAAUAAUGGGAGUGGAAGUGGGAAGAAGUCGAGGAAUGGUGGAGAGAGGUAUUGGGAAGAGAUUGAAAGGGGUUUAAGGGAGAGGCAGUGA